CCAUAUCGAUUGAAAAUACUCGAUAAAAAUGGCUGGUAAAAAGAAAAUAGAAUUAUUUAUAAACAUUCACAAUGAAAAGGAAUUCGAAUCCGUGAUAAAGCAUAAUACGGAACUACUGAUUUGUGCAGAAAUAUACAGCAACGCGUUCGGCUCGUGCACAGCUUUGGACAAACUCUUCACUACCAUGAAGUUGGAUUGGAGCAACGGCAAACUCAUAUUGCUUAAAGUGCCUGCUGAUGAAAUAGAAGCCUUGAAAAGGUUUAAAGACCACAGUGAACCGGUCUACAUAUUCAUUUUGAACGGCAAAGUAACAAAAGUAUUUCGUGGCGUAGACUCAGUGAGAUUCGCAGAGGUGGCGAAAAAGGAGUUGAGCUACUAUCGUCAACUGCAAGCCGGAGUGACGUUAGACCGGCCAGUCUAUGAACUGGACGAACCUACCCCGGAUGAAAUGGAAUGGAUGUUAGCAACAGAAUCUGAGAAACAACAAGAGAUGACGUCACUGCUCGCGCGGCGGUCAGCGAGACAAGCGGUGCGCAAGCGUCACCGCGCCACGCUGAUGGUGCCGUAUCUAAGCGAUGUGAACUUUGUGCUGUUUUGGCCGCAUUGCUUCCAUGCUCAUCCGGAGCUGUAUGAGCAGUGGGAUGCUAACAACAUAAUAAUGGUUGGCCGAGAAGAAGUUGAGAUGACAGAAGAGAAGAUUGCAGACAUAUUCUACGCGGGAGACGCCCCGUUGAACGAGGCAUCACUACAUAAGCUGAUGUCUGGUCGCGCCUUAGCCAUAUGCUUUCGACUGUUGGAGCCUGAUGUCAAUUUUGUGUCGCUAGUACGUCGCAUUCUCUAUGAAGAAGAACCACCAUGGGAUGAAGGGAAAUCCAUGGCAUCAUUGACAACUGCUUAUGACCGCUAUAAGACGUACAGUCCAACUAGAGAAGAAUUCAAUGAACAGCGCAGGAAAGAACAAGCCUUGCAAAAGGAAGAACUAAGAGAGAAGCAAGCAAAUUUCCUAUCCGAAACCCGUCGUUUGGCUCGACUAGCUAAGGAAGAGGCUUUGGAAGCCAAGAGGAAGGAGAAGGAACAACGGAAAUUGGACUUAUUAAAAGCAGGUGACUUAUCUGCUUUAGAAAAACUGAAGCAGGAGCCUGAUGAUGAAUUAUCAGACGAGGAAGAACCUGAAGUAACAGUUGAGGAGGAAGAAGAAGAAAGUAUGAUAGAAGAGGAACCAGAGGAAUACUUGCCUCCACCAGGGUUACUCAUACCUGGGUUCUAUGCACCGCCGAAUGAUAUCGCUAAAUCCAAUGGUCUGGCUGUGUUGUUCCCAAAGUUGGUUCUCGAGCGCGUGACUCCGCAACCCGAGUUCCUGCCAAAACAUGUACUUGUGUUACUGGAGAUCAGCAAACGACACAAGGCUAUAGAAGCCAUCAAGCCUUUCAAACAUGCUGUCAUACAUAUGGGUAUAUUCAAAGCGUCAUCGCCAUACAAAAGUGUCCACAUUGCUUACUCGGUGAAACAAUAUGACACUUUAGAUAGCAGUUCGACGAAUUUGGAUCAAGUGAAACUAGCAUUUAUGUUAUCCGUAGUAGUAGAUGUGCCGUUACUACAUCUUAUGGACUUGAACCCACUACACGUCAGUCGCGACUGUUCUACAGGCGAAGAGGAAUGCGCUGCUAUGUUCCCCGUGGAUUAUGGGGACGAAUACCCCCAGUUUGAGGACUUUGAAGACUCUGAAUAACG